AUGAUGUCUCAUUUGUGGAUACUGAUCAUCUUAUCUUCGUUAUCAUACGGACUCAGUAAUAGAAAAAAUUGUCAUACACUAUGGAAACAACUUGAAAGUUGUAUAUCUAGAAAAGAUAUUGAAACCAAGCCAUCACAACGGGAGUCAGUAGCCUUUUCCGUAACACGGACAACUGACACACAAUUGUCUCCCUUACAAACGCUGGUGUUUGAUAAGGUUUACCUAAAUGAAGGUGGCGGAUACAAUGCACAUACCGGUUUGUUCACGGCUCCUGUAAACGGAAUAUAUUAUUUUGCAGUUACUUUCAUGGCACAAAGUGGCAACACUCACUUACUGCUGCUAAAGAACAAUCACGAAAUCGCUCGAGGCUAUGGAGACAGCACAUAUGAUAUCGGGUCUAUUGUUUCAUCUGCUUAUUUGAAAAAAAAGAGUAAUCAUUCGAGUAGCUGA